GCGGUACUUCCGCCUUCAGGUCACAUGACGUUGACCUGGUUCCCGCGAGUCUCGCGGUGUUAACGUAGAUUAUCGGUGGAAGAGAAAGGAUUUGCAAAUGGAGGUGGCAGAAGUGUGCAGAAUUUGAACGAUAAAAGGUAUUCAUGUCUGAAUCUCUAUAUGAGAAGUUUUUGGCCCCGGAGGAGCCGUUCCCUCUCCUCUCACAAAGGGCCAAUCUCAGUGAUGUGGGAACGUUGGACGUGAGUGACUUUGGAUGUCAGCUUUCAUCUUGUCAUAGAACAGAUCCUCUUCACCGCUUCCACAGCAACAGGUGGAACCUCACUUCCUGUGGGACGAGUGUUGCCAGCUCAGAGUGCAGUGAGGAGCUGUUCUCCUCUGUGUCUGUAGGGGAUCAGGAUGACUGCUAUUCACUUCUAGAUGACCAAGAACUGACAUCGCUGGACUUGUUUCCAGAGGGCAGUGUCUGCAGCGAUGUCUCCUCUUCUAUUAGCACCUACUGGGAUUGGUCUGACAGCGAGUUUGAGUGGCAGUUGCCAGGAAGCGACAUUGCCAGUGGCAGUGAUGUCCUCUCUGACAUUAUCCCAAGUGUGCCAAGUUCACCCUGUUUGUUUUCCAAGAGGAAGCCAAAGCCCCACCCUCAUCGUAACCUGGAUGAACUGCCAUGGAGCGCCAUGACCAACGAUGAACAAGUGGAGUACAUUGAGUAUCUGAGUCGAAAGGUCAGCACAGAGAUGGGCCUAAGAGAACAGCUGGACAUCAUCAAGAUCAUUGACCCAUGUGCUCAGAUAUCUCCCACUGACAGCGAGUUUAUCAUCGAACUCAACUGUCUCACAGAUGAGAAACUUAAACAGGUGCGUAACUACAUCAGAGAGCAUAGCCCCAGGCAGCGGGCCAGCAGCACCAGAGAGGGCUGGAAGAGAAGUAGCCACAGCAGUGCUAGCACCGGCGGCGUCAGUGGGGCCAGCAGCAGUAAUGCCAGCAUGGUCAGCUCUGCUAGCUCUUCCACCAGUUCCACAGCAUCCAACUCAGUAGCAGGUGGCACAGCUUCAGCUUGCAGUGGCAGCAGUGUUGCUAACAUUAGCAGAGCCCACAGUGAUGGAAACCUUUCUAGCGCUGCAGAACGUAUAAGAGAUUCUAAAAAACGAUCAAAGCAGCGUAAGCUUCAGCAGAAAGCCCUCCGAAAGCGGCAGCUGAAAGAGCAGCGACAGGCUCGGAAGGAGCGUCUCAGCGGACUGUUUCUGAAUGAGGAGGUGCUGUCGAUGCGGGUCACAGAGGAAGACGACCAUGCGGACGACCUGGACAUAUUGAUGUGACACCAGUGAAUUAAUCAGUGCUCCCUCUAUGCCUGCUCACCAUCCGGCCGUUAGCAUAGAGCUUAGAGACCAUGCUAGUCCAAAUCGCUGCAUGCAUUAGCUUCGAAUAGGCUCCUAAUGCUUUUUGUAGAAUAAUGUCUGGCAGUAAUGCUUCCUGUAGCCUCUAGGACAGAGUUUUUGCUUUCUGAUACUAGUGGGAUACUGCUUGUGGGUGCAGUACAUAAUGUUCCUGCUAAAAUCCUGCUUAUGCUAUCUAGCCUUUGGACAGCAAGAGCUAAUGUUGCAGCUGUGAAGCUUGCCGUUAUACAUGAACAUACACUAAUACACACUAAUUAUUUCAGCUUUAUACUGUUAGCAAGACAAUUGCUUAUAGAUGCUUGUAGAACAGCUUCUAUGUACUGCUACUAAUACUGCCACCGCUGGCAGAAGGACAGAUCCGGCAACAGAAGCAGAGUUUGUAAAGGUUCUACAGAGUGAUGGUAACAAGUCAGCUUACAAAUACAUUCAUCUUAUUAGCUGUUCCAACUGUACUGGUCACAGUGCUCAUCUACACCUAGUUUAAUCUGCUGCAAUUUGGGCUACAGCAGCAAAGAUUAAAGCUAGUAAGACUUAAGUGUAAAAAACUGUUAACAUUAGUUUUCCAUGAAAGCAGAUAGACUGUAAAUAUGGGUUAUUUUAUAAGGCAUACAUUGGGAGCAGACACUUAAUUUGAUUAAACAUGUAGUCUUAGAGUUAAAGUCAUUUCAGAAGCACAAGAUUAGUAAUUUGAAAACCGAAGUGAAGGAAGGAGCUGGUCUGUCUUUCUCUACGAGUGUUGUGGAUCCAUCUCACUCAAGGCUUAGAGGGAGCACUGAAACACUGCAUGUUUAAGUCAUUGCCCACACUGAGUCCCUGCGUGGUCCAGCCAACUAACGACCUGCUUCAUUCUUUACAUACCACCUGUUAAAUAGCCUCUGUUUUGUGAAUAAAUGAAAAAUAACAGCAUAUUUACUGCAUAUUGCUUUUACAUUUCUUUCAGUGAUAAAGGUUAGAUACAACAUUUUUUCAUGUUUGUUUGUAUACAUUAUGAAAGACAAGUAAACUAACUGGUUAUUAUAGCUUUAGUGCUGUAAGUUGCCACUGGGUCUAGAAGAAGAUCUUAUUUUAGUGAAUUUAAUUGUGUUUUGUAAGUACUUGAGUUUGUUAUUUGUUCAUGACAUCUUUUAAACUCUGACUUGUCUUUGUUUUUGUCUUCAGACACUCCUAUAGAGACAGAAUAAAAUUCUCCAUUAGCAGUUGAGCCUUGGUUAAACUUUACAAGAAUUCUUUUACAGAUCCAAUCUGAGUACUGUAUGGCUGGUUUGAUUUUGGCGCUACACUUGAGCAGGUUUCUUAAGCGUGUGCAUCCACAACUCACAUCAACUAACUCCUUUAAAAUAUAUUAAAUCUACAGGAAAGUAAUUCUUUGAAAUUCUGGGCUGUCAUAUCAUUAUCAUAUUAGAUAGAAAAAGCAACCUAAAAUAUCAUGUCUGCGUUUUUUUUUUCAGGAUACUUUGUAAAAAAUAUUUUUCCAUGACUUCUUAGGUGUAACACAAAGAACCACUGCAGCCUGAUGCUGCUCUCUCUAAUACUUUGAAAAGCUUUGACUCAUUCUCAUGUAUAAACAUAAUAAUUGCUGCAAAUGUAUUAAAAGCAGCUUCAUCUGUUCUGUAAUAAUGAUUUAGUGAAGCUCUAUUUUGAAAAAUAUGAAUUUUGAAAAUAGACAUUCAAAGGAGGCCAGCGUGAUGCGACACGAGUUUAUAAUGUACUAUGUAAAUGCUGAAAGCGUGCGGUGCCCAGCUGAUUAAUUAUUUCAUUUCAAAAUGUUUUUAGUGUAGCCCAAAGUUUAUGUUGUGUUUUGAGAAGACAGUGUUAUAUUAAUUUCACAUUAUUUGAAACCUUUUACCAUUGGUAGGUAAAAACACAUUACCAUUUUGAUUUGAAUAUGUUGUAAACUUUACAAAUAAAAGUGUUGUUGCAUCGUAA